CCCCCGAGUUUCCAAUCCGGGGUCACCACCGCUCAAUUCCUCCCUAAUACCGCGACCCCAGUGUGCAGGAUACACGUAUUUGCUUGUUUCUAUUCAAUGAAUUGCAUCUAAUCGAUCCCAAUUCCUUCACCUCGCAAAAACAAAAAAAAUGGCUUGCCAGAGUUGCCGCCAUGCUCGACAUCUAGCAAGGAGUCUGCGCGUCUCGACCGACCUCAACAUCCCCUCCUCUUCAUCCUGCUCCUCUCCCUUCUCCUCCUUCUCGACCUCUUCAAGACCCGUGGCCGCCGCAUCCGCAGCCAUUCCAACAGCACGACGCCAAUUCGCCCACUCGGCCUACCGCCGCGCCGUCUCAGGCCCCCGAUCUACAUCCCGACCGACCUCCCAAUCGCCGUCAUCUGCUCCCUCGAAGGCCUCUGCUGAACCCCCCCCGUCGUCAGAUGCUCCUGUGGGCUCCGCUUCCGCGGCCUUGCGGAACGUCAGCUCCCGUCUAGCUGCUUACAACGCGAUAUCGACCCCUUAUCUCCUCACCAGCUCCCUCGACAAGCUCUACAAGCUGUGCGCCGCGCCGGCGGCGUAUACCAUCUCGGAAGAGCUGCGGAGAAAGGAUGAAGUGCCCCAGACGGCCGAGGGCGAGGAGUUGGGAACAGCUGAAGGGCCGUGGUUAGAGGUCUUCAACCUCUCCCCCUCCUUCAGCUCGUGGUCCCACGUCACCAUGCUGCACAUGUACCUCGUGGUGGCGCGGAUGCGGUGUCUGGAGCGCGACACGGCCAAGACCAUGCAGGCCCAGUUCGUCGACAACUUCUUCUUCGACUGCGAGCGCGUCAUGCACCUGAACCACGGCAUGGCGUCGUCGGCGCUCCGCCAGCGCUACCUCAAGGACAUCUUCAUGCAGUGGCGCGGCCUGAUCGCCGCCUACGACGAAGGGCUCGCCAAGGGGAGCGACCGCGUCCUCGCCUCGGCCGUGUGGCGGAACCUCUUCAAGGCCCGCGAGGACGUCGACCUGCGCGCCCUCGCCGCCAUCGUCGUCUGGAUGCGCCUCACCCUCAAGGACCUCGAGAACAUGGAUAUCGAGAGCCUCGUCGCCGCCCCCCACCACGUCUUCCGCAGGGAUCCCAGGGCCAUGUUCCCCCUUGUUGACAGGCCUUGCGACGAGCUGAAGGCGCUGUACGAUGGUUCUGCUCGCGUGGAGGGGGGAGGCAGUGCGCCUGCUGCUGCUGCUGCUGCUGCCGGUGCCGGUGCUAGUGCUAGUGCUAGUGGUGUUGGUGGCCAGGCGAAGACGGUGGAGAGCACCGGCUGAGCGAGAAUCUCGCGAUCAUGUGGGGAUUGGCUGGCCUGUGAGAUGGUUGAUGUGGAGGCGGAUGGUCUGACUGAUGAAAGAUAAUCUGUGUACGUGUGUAUGUGGACACACAUCUUGUAAAGCCAUAUUAGACUGUACCAUUUUCAUGUAUGAUAACAAAAGGGGUUGGUUGGUCAUCGGCUGGGCAUAUUCGUCUUUCCCAUCUACCAUGUACGACGAGGAGCUGAGCGCUCCCAUCACUGCAGGAGGAUAUGCACUGAACCGUGGAAGAGGAAAGGCCGCCAUAAAAGAAGAAGAAAACGAAAAAAAAAAAAAAAAAAAAA